UGUCCAUCGGACACAGUGGAUCACUGAUCACGGAAAGAGCCAAAGAUGUCGGCUCGGUCAUGUGAUCAGCUGUGUCCAAUCACAGCUGAUCACAUGGCACUGAUGAUCAGUGUAGCCCCAGCAGUGCCACCUGUCAGUGUCCAUCAGUGCCUUGUGUCAGUGCUCAUCACUGCCUCGUGCCAGUGCCCAUCAGUGCCACAUCUAUGCCACAUACAAGUGUCUACCAGUGCACAUCAAUACCACAUAUCAGUGCCCAUCUGAGCUGCCUUUCAGUGUCACCCAUCAGUGCCAGUCAGUGCCACCUAUCAAUGCCAAUCGGUGCCACCUAUCAGUGCUGCCAAUCAGUGCCACCUAUGAGUGCCCAGUCAGUG